AUGUUUACUACUCUCCUGGGGUAUAGAUCGUGUGAAAUAUGCAAACACACUGCUGAAGAAUUUCAGAUCUUGGCAGAUGCCUGGAAACACCCCAGUCCAUUCACCAACAAGGUUUUUUUUGUUAUGUUGGAUUAUGAUAGAAGCCCUGAAAUCUUUUAUAUGUUCCAAGUGACAGAAGUUCCGAAUUUCUUCUACCUUUCUGCUGAAAGGACAUUUACACCAGACGACAUUUAUUAUAUGGAUGGAAGGGGUUUCACAGCCAAGGAAAUAGGUGAAUGGGUAGCAGAGAGAAUGACCAUUAGCAACAGAGAGCCUAUAAAUUACAGUCUCUUCACAUUGGGGAUAUUUUUGAGUCUCAUUGGUGGACUUGUGUGUUUAUUGAAAUGGAACAGGAAUUUUAUUUUUCACAGAAUUUUAUGGGAAUUUUUAACUCUGUGUUUUGUGGUUGUGAUGAUAUCUGGCCAGAUGUGGAUUUACAUAAAAAGAGAACCCUAUGUUCGAAGGAAUUCUCACACUGGGCAUAUCCAUUAUAUCAGUAAACCUAAUUACUCUCAGUUUGUACCAGAAACAUACAUCAUUGCUUUGUUUAACAUGUGCGUUACCCUGGGAGUGCUGCUGUUGGAUAAAGCUGCCAGGUCUAGGAUGGACAUCAUAAUGAGGAAACUGAUGUGUGUAUCUGGUGUGUGUCUAGCUGCAGUAUCCUUCAGCUGGCUGCUUUCUCUCUUUAGAUUUAAAGUACCCGACUAUCCAUACAGGCUUCUCAUAGAUUAA